UCUCUCAUAUUUUAUGAGAACUUUUGGUGCAGAGAGUUGUCAUCAAUAUUUUUGAUGUAAGAACUGGAAAGGUUAUGAGAGAUUUCAAGGGCACAACCGAUGAGUUUGCAAUUGCAGGAAGCGGUGGUGUGUCAGGGGUAUCUUGGCCUGUUUUCAAAUGGGGUGGUGGAAAAGAAGAUAAAUAUUUUGCAAGGCUGGGGAAAAAUCUGAUCUCUGUUUAUGAGACAGAAAACUUCUUUCUUCUUGAUAAGAAAUCCUUGAAGGUCGAGAAUGUGAUGGAUUUCAGUUGGUCUCCUACUGAUCCAAUUCUUGCCCUGUUUGUUCCUGAAUUAGGGGGUGGGAAUGAACCUGCAAGAGUGAGUCUAGAUUUUCUCUUUGCUGACUCAGGAAGAAAUUGUGUCCAUACAAGGUAUAUAUUAAUUUCAAUUAAAAGCUUUCUAUCUUUGUUUUUUGUUCAUUUUCUUUAGUACGUUGUUAUUGCUUGGGUCAAAUUGUUCUUCUAUUAUUUUUUUUCCUUUGGUGUUUGGUGGAUCGCAUGAAAUUUCUGCCAUAAACUUUCAUAAAUAGUUCUCAUUGAUGAAAAUAGUUUUGACUAAUUUCUAUUUGAAAUAUGGAAAUAAUUCUGAGACAAUGCACACUGUGUUUGCAAAAGUGUUCAAAUGAAACAAUCACUUAACUAACCAUGUUAAAAAUGACUCAAUGACUCUUAUUGUCAGGUUCUUAGCAUGAGGAGACUUGGAGGAGCUGGGGCUGUUGUUCCUCUCAUCACAGAUGGUCAGGCUGAAGUAUGCUCUUGUUAAAUCCCAAUACUUAUAAGUAAUUGCUUCAUAACAAAUGAUAAUACCUUUUUUUUUUUUGUUUUGAUUGAUGAGAUGAUCUGAAUAACAUUAGGUGAUGAGAACCUCUGUGAUCAUGGAGUUAAUAUAAUGUUAUCCCUAACAAGUACACGGGAUAUGAGUGAGUGUUUAUACAUUUUUAGUUUAUUAACUUUUGAGUUAGUUUGAUCUAAUUUCUUGACUCUGUUGGGUGAAAGGACCAUGCUUUCCGAUGUGCAAGGUAUGAAAAUGAACC